AUGACGACACCACGACAUCAUCUUAAUACAGAUCAUUGGAGUAAAAUGCGUAUGAAUGUGAUAAAAAAUGCUAUCAACACCGAACAACGUGGACGUGUUCUUAGUUGGGAAAAGCAUAAACAAUCAGCUGCACAACAUGAACUCGAAGCAGCUAUUCAUGGUACACGAAGUUUACCCCAAAACAACGUUGGACCGGUACAUAAUUUCCAAGAUGUUCUUAAACAUGAACUAGAUACGUAUGUACCUGGUAGGGCGUACUUUCGUCGGCAAUCAGCACGAAGUGUAGAUCGAAUCAAUGCUAAAAAGAACAAUAUGAAGAAAAAUGAUCAUUCACUAACGAGUAAUUCCCAAUAUACUCUUCUUACAUUACCAACAAAUCCACAAAGUGAUCAAACACGAAGUCGUGUACCCGUUUUGCAAUGUCGUGGAAAAAUUUAG